AGCGUAAUAAAGUCAAUAAAGUGAUAGGUUGGUGACUGGAAACUGCGUUAUUGUUAAUGAGAAUUUAACAAUCCAUUCAGUUCAAUUUUGGGUUUGGGGCUUCCUUUUCCACAUCCUGCAAUAUCCCAUCUCAACUGCUCAUGAAUCAAACUUGCGAAUGGUAUAACCAUGCGCUGCAAAGAUUUUGUUUGUCUUAUUUUCCAUCUUCUGAUUGGCAUCAACCUUGCCAAUGCUCUGUUGAAAUGUUACGACACAGGAAACUUCACAGCCAACAGUACAUACGCCAAUAACCGAGCUCUCAUCCUCUCUUCUUUAGCUUCAAACGUCACAGCGAAUGGAGGUUUCUACACCACUACUGUAGGCCAAGGGGCGGAUAAAAUUUAUGGUCUGGUGCUUUGCAGAUUUGGCUCUUCAUCAGAAGAUUGUUCCAAAUGGGUCAAUGAUGCAAUUGAAGAGAUAACCACAAACUGUCCUAACCAGAAAGAAGCAGUGAUAUGGGCUGGGAAUCCUUGCACAAUACACUACGCGAAUCGCUCUUUUUUCGGACAGCUGGAGAUAGACCCUACCGAUGCUGGCUAUAAUACCGGUAACCUUUCGUCUAAUAUUAAUAUGUCUGAGUUUGAUCAAACUUGGACUAGUUUGAUGGAAAGCUUAGCAACGAAAGCUUCUAUGUCCAAUUCUACGCUUAAGACUGCGACAGAAGAAGCAGACGUCAAGCCCCUUGAAAGAAUAUUUGCACAAAUGCAGUGUACUCCUGAUUUAUCCUCGAGCGAUUGCAGCUAUUGUCUACGACAGGCAGCAAGUGCUUAUAAUAACUGUUGCCAUGGGAAGCAAGGAGGUUAUGUUACGAAGCCUAGUUGUACAUUCCGAUGGGAUUUGUACCCAUUCUAUACUCCUAUAGCUGAACCUCCAACACCAUCUCCUCCACCUCUACUUAGUAUUUCUCCCCCUUCAAUCAAUAAUACAAUGAAAGGGGAGAAGAGCAAUGAAGCACGUACGAUUGCUAUCAUAGUUGUUCCAAUAAUUGUCGGCACUGUAAUUCUUGUCAUCUGUUUCUGCAUCUUUUUAAGAGUUCGGAAGCCAAGGGAAAGUUUUGAAACUGAUGAAAUAAAAAAUGUGGAGUCAUUGCAAUUCGAUUUUGGGACUAUUAGAGUUGCAACAAAUAACUUUUCUGAAGAAAAUAAGCUUGGACAAGGUGGAUUUGGUGCUGUUUACAAGGGCACGCUUUCUGAUGGACGAGACAUAGCAGUGAAAAGGCUUUCUAAGAAAUUUCAACAAGGAGAUUUGGAAUUUAAAAAUGAAGUUCUACUGGUGGCCAAGCUUCAACACCGGAAUUUGGUUAGGCUUUUGGGAUUUUGCUUGGAAGGAAAAGAAAGGCUCCUUAUAUAUGAGUUUGUGCCUAACACCAGCCUCGAUCAUUUCCUUUUUAAUCAAAACAGGCGGCAAAUGCAUUUGGAUUGGCAUAGGCGUUAUAAGAUCAUUGGUGGUAUUGCUAAAGGACUUCUUUACCUUCACGAGGAUUCUCGGUUACGGAUAAUUCACCGUGACAUGAAAGCUAGCAAUAUUUUGCUAGAUGCAGAGAUGAACCCGAAAAUUGCAGAUUUUGGCAUGGCAAGAUUGUUUGCGGUGGAUCAAACUCAAGGCAAUACAAGUAGAAUUGUGGGUACCUAG